AACGCCCGGGGAUCGAUUCGGAUUUGUGAACCCAAAAGUCCGCUCGUUCCUCGCCCUAACGCCUCUUCCUCCUCCUCUCUAUCCAGGAAUUGCUCGUCUGCGAAGCAAGCAAGUAGGGAGGAAGAAGACGAGGGAAGGAAAGGGAGGAGUUGGCGGGAGGAGGGAAAUGGUGUCGGACUCGCAGCUCAUCGAGCGUCUCAGGGAGUUCCUGGGCACGGCUGACCUGUCCACCACGACGACCGCCAUUGUGCGGAAGAGGCUCGAGGAAGAGUUCCAGGUGGACCUCACGAACAAGAAGGCCUUCAUCAGGGAGCAGGUCGACCUCUACCUCCAGAGCCAGCAGGAGAAUGACAAGGACGACGUGGAGGAGGACGAGGAGGUCGAUGACGGUGACGGCGAAGGCCAAGGCGACGGUGGUCCCGAAGACGCGGCGUCCGGGUCGGGGGAGGGAGAGGAUGACGGCGACGAUGAGGAGGAGGAGGAGGAGGAGGAGGAAGCUGAAGGCGAUGAUGAGGGCGCGGGCGGGAGUCGCAAAAGACCAGAGAAGAAGAGGGGAGGAGGUGGUGGAUUUACCAAAUUAUGUGGCCUUUCGCCAGAGCUGCAGAAAAUUAUUGGUGUAUCCAAGCUACCAAGAACAAAGGUGGUCCAACAACUCUGGGUGUAUAUUCGUAAACAUGAUUUGCAAGAUCCAGAAAACAGGCGAAACAUAAGAUGUGAUAAACUAUUGCGUAGUGUUUUUAAUUCUGAUUCUAUCAAUAUGUUCCAAAUGAACAAAGUUUUGUCAAAGCACAUCUAUCCUCUGCCUCCAGGAGAUAAUGGUGAAGUGGAAUCAAACGAGAAGCCUUUGAAAAUGGAGAAAGGCAAAGAAAAAGGUAAAGAUGAUUUAAAACCAAAAGCGAAGCGACCGAAAAAAGAGAAAGGAGAAGUUGGAAAGGGAAAUACGCAUCUGAGUGCACCAUUGCCCCUUUCCAAUGCACUUGUGAAGUUCAUUGGUACUGGUGAAGAUGCAUUAUCACGAGGUGAGGUGAUCAAGAGAAUUUGGGCUUAUAUAAAGGAAAACGAACUGCAGGAUCCUGCUGACAAGAGGCAAAUCAUCUGUGAUGAGAAGUUGAAGGAACUCUUCGAGGUUGACUCUUUCACUGGCUUCACUGUUACAAAGCUACUGUCUGCCCAUUUUGUCAAAGCAGAGCAGUGAUAAGCUCCACAGAAUCUGGUCAUCAGCAGAGGCCAAAAUUUUGGGUGUUCUAGGAAGUGGAAAGUGCGUUGUAGUGCACAAUGCCUUUCAGCGUUUAGGAGCAUUAGUGGUACAGGUGUUGAUAAUGAAGCUCCAUUGUCAAAAUUAUAACUAGAGUCCAAUCGGUGAGUGGAAAUGAUCGUCAUGCUCUUUUUUUUUGUUGUUGCAUAGGAUAAACUAUUGGGAAAAUAGAAUAAACUCCAAAAAAGCUUGUGUUUGCAACACAGUAGAUUUGAAAUUGAUGUUUUGCAAUACACGAAAAUCAUAUUUCCCCUUUUAGUUUAAGGCUUCCAACAGUGACUUCAGAUAGCCAGGCACCAGACCUCUUUGAAUAGAACAUUUUGGAAAUAUUAACAGAUUGCAGGUUGACCUUUGCUCAGACCAUUGAAUGUGGAGUUGUUGCCAGUGAUCCUCGCCAGCCUAGAGUACCAUGUUUGGUCUGGCAGUCUGAUUCAGCACCUAGCAAAAGGAGAAUUGUAAGAAGAAAAUUUUCCCUAUAUUUCAUUAAGGAAUUCAGCACAACGGAGAUGACAAAAUUUUCUCAUGACCAUCCUAAACUUGAAAUAUUAUCCAGUUCAUUGCGUUUUUCAGGUCGUGAAGUAUAUUUAGAAAGCAGCCACAUGCCUUUGGUUGGUUGAUUAGGAGGGACGCUGCAAUGUUUCAAAGCUUUCAUCUCUAUAUGUUUUCCGUUUCCUGGCACUUCCAAACUGCGUUUAACAAAAAAUUGUCAGGAGUGAAUAUGUGCUAUUGUUUGGUAGGUUAGCCUACAACGCGUGAUCUCGUCAAAUCCUAGCAGGAACACGCAAAUUGGUGGGUUGGUGAUCCAAAUGAUCCAGCUUGGACCGGUUUGACAGGUGGAAAUUGGGCUGUCUCGAUCCUUGUUCUCUUGAUUCGAAGCCAAAGCGAGAUAAAGGACUUUCAAAAACAUGUUCAAUUAUCCCGCGUUGGGGAAUUUUGUAGGUGUCUUGACAUGUUAAUGUUUCAACUGUGAAAGGCCAAUAUAUAUAUAUAGCUCGUGUUUGCAUCUA